UUUUACAAUACAUGUAACUUGAUGCACUCAUUGUGUGAGCGGUAGCCGCUAGUUCUGUGGCCAGGUAACAGAAGCAGAAUAGAACGACACUGCACAUGACUGCAGGGCUCCCAUUAUCCUGUUCUACCAUUUGUAAACUCUGCAUGGAGCUAUCUGAAAGUGAGCACAGCACUUUUUUAGGCAAGCUCUCCAAUCACCUAAUCUAGUUAUGGAGGAAAAUGAUACAACUGGGGAUGAACAAGAAGACUUGCCUUAUGAUGGAAUCCUUGAAUGUUAUUUGACUUCAAAUAUAGACCAAGAAGACAUUAACUAUCUUGGUGAGGAUACUGGUGGUUAUCAAUAUGUAAUUCAUCUUGGGAAAGAAAAAGCUCACUCUUUAAACAGUGCUGAGUGUGUUAAAGCGGAACUACUUCCAUCAAAAAAUAUUGAUGCUUCCAGUUUUUCUCAACAAACCAUUUCUGUGACUUUUGAUGCUUCAGACCUGUCUUUGUCUAGCAAAGUAAAUAGCAAGAGCUUAGAGUACCAGAGCACUGUCAUUCCUGAUACACUGCACAAUCAUUUUAAUGGAGACAGUCUGUUUAAUGAGUGUAAUUUUAUUGACCAUGAGGCUAUCCCAGAAUGCUCAUUAGCUGAUAGCAUUAAUGGUGAUGUAAUGAGUAAAAUCAGUUUUUUAGACUCUAACAAGGAUAAUGCUCAGUCGAAGCAAAUGGAAGACCAAGAAAAGUAUUAUUUUGAAAGGGAAUAUAUAAAGCCAUUUAAUAACAAGGUUGCAUUUAUAUCUAACGAAGACCUAUCCAUUGAUGCUUCCAUUCAGGAGACAAAUGUAGAGAUAAAUUGUGGAUUACUACGUGCAGAACACAUUUCAAUAAAAGAACUGCAGCCUACUGAAACUGAUAUAAUAAACAAAGGUCUUCAAGAAAGAAGACAUUCUUUUCACGAUAUCAAGUAUGGCCAAGGGCAGGUUAACUACAAGCUACAGGAUCUUACAAAAAUACAUCCUAAGGUAAAAAUACCCAAUGGGAAGGACAGCUCUAGAUCUGUCCCUAAUUUACAGAGAAGCAGAUCAUCUCCAAGUAUGAUUGAACCCUCUGCUAUGGUGAGAGAAUUACAGGACUCUAUGCAGCCUUCCAGCGAGCCUAUAAAUAUAAAAGACACAGUUAAGGCCUCAGACCAGGGAUCCCCACAUGGAUCGUCUAUUUAUGAACUCGACAUACAGUAUUCUGAAACUGACCACAACCUUUUUCCAGACAACCUCUCUAAGCAGCUGAAGGACUCAUGGAGAAGCAAGGAAAGUGAUACAACUGGUGAUGAACAAGAAGACCUACCUUAUGAUGGGAUCCUUGAAUGUUAUUUGAUGCCAAAUGUAAAUCAAUUUGACAUAAGCAAUUCUAGUGAGGAUGCUGGAGGUCUUCAAAAUGUAAUUAAUCUUGAGGAAAAAGGAAAAUGUUACUCUCCAAAUGGUGCUGAGUGUGUUAAGGAGGAACUGCUUAUUCCUUCAGAAAAUAUUGAUGCUUCCAAUGCUUCAGAACUGCCAUUGUCUAGCAAAGGGAAUAGCAAGAGCACUGUCAUUCCUGAUGUCCUGCUUCGUCAUUUUAAAGAAGACAGUCUUCUUAAUCCGUGUAAUUUCAUUGACUGUGAGACUUUCCCAGAACUCUCAUUAAUUGAAAGCAUUGAUGAAACUGUGAUCAGUAAAUUAAGUUUUUUAGACUAUAACAAUGACAGUGCUCAGUCAGAGCGAAGUGAAGACCAAAAAAAGUAUUUUUUGGAAAGAGACAAAGAACCACUCAACAUCCAGAAUGAAUGCACAUCUAAUCAAGAGCACGUUACUGAUUUCUACUUUCAGGAGAGAGAUGGAGUGACAAAUCAUGGAUCAAGUGCAGAAAGUAUGGAGAUAAAAGAAUUGCAGCCUACUGAAAUAGAUAAAACAUACAAAGAGCAUAGAUAUCAAGAAAGAAGACAUUCUUCCUAUGAUAUCAAGUAUGGCCAAGGGCAGGUUCACUACAAGUUACCGGAUUUCUCAAAAAUACCUCCAAAGGUCAAAAUACCCAAAGGGAAUGGCAGCUCUAGGUCUGUUCCUACAUUACACAGAAGCAGAUCAUCCCCAAGUAUGAUUAAAUCGUCAGCUGUGGUGAGAGAAUUACUGGACACUAUGCAGCCUUUCAGUGAGACUGUAAAUAUAACAGAAACAAUUGAGGCCUCAGCACUUCUAGGCCAGACAUCUGCACUUCUAGGCCAGGUAUCCCAGGCACCCCAACGACUCACAUCAGUGCCUCUAAGUGUUACAGAGACUUCCGGUCAACCAUUAAACCAUCAAAACUGCAGUGAAGGGCCUACCCAAGAAUAUAUGACUGACAUUCCUUUUCAAGCUGUUAAUUUGGCACAUAAAGAAGAAUGUGUGAGAGCUGCCAACUUUCAGCUUCCAACAGAAGGAGAAAAAAUGGCUGACAUGCUGAGGAAAGAAGCCCAGCAGCUGCAAGUUAAAGUUGAAAAGCUUUCUAAUAAUAUAGUAAAGGAAUCAUUACCGCUGAAAGAACAGUGUCUGAUAUUUCAGGAUUUAAAAAGCAGUGUGGAAGCUCUAGAACUGGAUUACUUAUUCAAAAAAGAGAAACACCGGCAAAUGCAGCUUCAGGCUUACAGAGCAGAAUCCCAGAUGGUUGGGGAGUUUGAUCUGGAGAGAGAGGUGGAGGGGCAAAUCUUCAGGCUGGAGAUGCUUCUAGAAAACAUUCAAGAACAACUUAAUGCAAAAGUUCCAUCAACUGAAUCAUCAGCAAAUUCAUAUGAUACAGCAGUAUCAUCUAUAUCAAAGCAGGCCCAUAGGAACUCAGAGACUUUAAUGCACGCUGUGGAUCUGAGUUUUACAGAACAAAACAUGGAUCAGAGCUCUGGCAAGGUGACAGGAAGGAAAUCACCAGCAGUGACCCCUGCUUAUAAUGAUAUUCACAGUAGCUGCAUUUAUCUUAAUGCACAAGAUUCCUCUUGUCUCACAGGGGUCUCUGCAGAGCACAGAAGUGCAAAAUCAAACCAAGAGACAUAUGUAUCUAAACUAAGAACAUACGGAGAGCAACGUCCGACCGCUCAAAACAGGUAUUUGAGAGCGGAGGCUGCCAUCAAAAGAAAAAUGAUGUCUUCAGGCAGAAGAAAUGGCACAAGAGUUACUAAAGAAGUAGAUACAGCAGAAAAUAGUUUGCCAGAAUGCGAUGAUAUAGAAGAUUCUUGUAGCUUAGAAGAUUCUUUUGGCUCGGAUUGGACAUCAUCGCACUCUCAGAUUUCAGAAAACAGGAGUUAUGUGUCGUGGAUUAAAAAAGAUCAUAUACGUGAAGAAUCACAGAAGCAAAAAUCGAGGAGACCCCACACCCCAGAAUACUAUGGCAAGUUAAACUUAGGCAAAGUGAAGUUGAAUAAGCACAGGAAGAGCAUGCCAGCGUGCAGAGGCAACGUGCAGGCUCCCACUUUAGAGUUUUCACGGCUUGCUGGUCUGGCAUCUUCCCACCAAACCGCCGUGAGUGCAGAUCAGAGAAAUCUAGAGUUUAUCGACUGCAAGAUGUUAAAUUUUGCAUUGGAUAAGGCCAUUCGGACUGCCAGGAAUAUGCAGAGGGUGACAGAAAGAAUGGUAACCAGUUUGGCAGCAGGUCAGGCCACUGGUAUCUCCAGCUGGAGAUCAGAGAGUCACUGGUAAUUACAAUAGCUGCUUACAAUGGAGCGCUGCAAUAGACCUAUAACCAAUAUGCACUUAUGAUCUACAGUAGAGCAUGGGUCACUAAUCAAGACUUGUCUGCAAUAUCUUUGGCUGGCAGAAAAUUCUAUAUGUUAUUUGUUCUUUGUUAUAUAAAAUGACAUUUGUAUGUGGGCAUUGUUGCUGGCCAACAGCCGAUUGUCAGCUGAGCAAUAAAACUCCUUCAUGUGCUAAAAUGG